AACACCGGAAGCAGCAGGCAACCAUCUGUCUUUCUCUGACGAAGUCAGGCCGCCCCUUACCACGGUUUGGGGCUGAAAAUAGUGACAGUUAACACCGCCACGACCGUGGAGAAGUGCCGAAGUAAACGGUUUGUCUUGCAUCAGCAUCGUUUUCAUUGGCGCCAAUUUAAUUCGGUAUCGAGUCGGCGUUCCAACACCCUGACGGAAAACACUGGAGUUGCCAUGUAACUCAGACGCCGCACAAGCAAUGCUACAAGAUGAAAAGCCGCUUGUCGCUUAACAGCCCGUGGGAUCCCUCUGCAUCCAUCCCAACAUGAGCUCCAAAUGGGAGCGUCAUCUGAUGCCAUAGGUUCUCCAGUGGACAGUUUCACCUAUUGCACGCACAAGACGGCAUUUUCUGGAGCUUCAACCUUUUGCGUCCAUCAGCAGUCUGUCGGCCCCCGGGGAAGGACUCAUGUAAUCGUGUUGGCAGACCAUCAACAACAUGGUGUCGGCGUUCUUCACAGUUUUACAACUUGUUACAAGAGAUUACUGCCUGCAAGCCAAGUAAAGCUCUAAGAACAUACAUGGCCACGGAGUAUUUCUUUGGUUGUUUGCUAUCUGUCUAGCCUUGGUAGACGUCACACCAUCAUGAGGACAGAAUAGUAAAAGGACUGUUACACAGCGGGCUAAAACACCAUCUGCUGUUACUAAAGCACGUGUCCAGACGAUACAAGAUGGAGCAGCAAAACGAGUCGGACCAGCCGCAAAAGCUCUACGACACCAGGUCAGUCGCCUCAAAAACAAAGACUUCAAGGUCCAGCAGGUCCUCAACCAGCUCCGCAGCCACCAAAGCAAGGGCUAGUGCUGAAGCAGCCUUGGUGGAGGCGAAAUAUGCAGCCCGAGAAGCAGAAAUGAUGAAAGUAAAGGCUAAAAUAGAGGCUGAAGCAGCACAACGCAAAGCAGAACUGGAGGCCAGUCUGUAUGUGCUAAAGAUCGAGAGAAGUGCCACGGCAGCCGCAGCUGAAGCAGCAGUCUAUGAAGGCGCAGCAGCAGUGGAAGGCAGCUCUCUCGAAGACCUGGCACAGAUCCCUCCAGAGGACACCGCUCAACACACCAGCGAGUAUGUGAAGGCUCACUACGUGACACCCGACGCUCAGCAGCCAGCUCCGGUCCCACAGCAGCCACUCACCACAUCCACGCCAGCACCACGAGCAUCAUUACCAGCACCACCAUCUUCAGUCCAGUGGUAUCCGCUCCCCGGCACCGUCACAAACCAGCCUACGACCUUUGUUAAUGGUGAGGUUAUGUUUGAUUACAAUCAAAAUAGGUCCUCACAUUGUCCUCCUGCUCCAGUGUCUCACACAGCUAGCCUCAGAGACUAUCCUUGUGAACCAGCACAAAUGACUGAUCUUACUAAACAUCUCGUUAGAAGAGAACUUGUGAGCUCUGGACUUUUGAAAUUUGAUGACUGUCCAGAAUACUACUGGGCCUGGAAAACCUCUUUCGAGGAUGUGAUUAGAGGGCUUAAUUUAACAGCUAGAGAAGAGCUUGAUUUACUGUUAAGGUGGCUCGGCCCCGAGUCUUCCACACAGGCUAUGCGUAUCAGGUCCGCACAUGUUCACAACAUUACAGCAGGAGUAGCUUUGGUGUGGGAGAGGUUAGAUGAUAACUAUGGCUCACCAGAGGUCAUUGAGAAUGCUCUUUUGUCAAAACUAGAGAACUUCCCUAAAAUCUCGAACAAAGAUAAUCAGCGUCUCAGAGAGUUAGGGGACAUUCUUUUGGAGAUUCAGGCAGCUAAGGCAGAGGGAUAUCUGCCUGGUCUAGCUUAUCUUGACACAGCUAGGGGGGUAAAUCCUAUUGUCGAGAAGCUUCCCUACGGUCUGCAAGAACGCUGGAUAUCACUCAGGUCUAUGUACAAAGAAUAACACAGGGUUUCCUUUCCACCAUUCACUUACUUUGUAAGUUUUAUAUCCAGGCAAGCAAAAACCCGAAACGAUCCAAGUUUUGCGUUCUCAUCGAACUGCGCUGUAACUCAGACAAAACAUGAAAGAUAUGCAAAACAAUAUAACAAUCCCAAAACAGUUUCAGUGAGAAAAACAGAGGUAACAGCAAA